AUGGGGGGCGGCGGGGAGGGACGAAGGGUAAGCGUCCUCCACUGUUAUUUAAGGUAUCUCAGAACGAAUCACCGCGACAUACUGCGUGACCAUCUUAGACUGCAACACGACUGCUUGUUGUCGCAGGGUUGGGCCGACACGAGCCUGGUGGGUGGGCACCAGGUCCCGACCCCCAACUUGGACGCACUGGCAGCCCACGGCCUCUUGCUGACGCAGCAGUACUCGUUGCAUACGUGCACCCCUUCCAGGGCGGCUAUUCUGACUGGCCUCUACCCCAUCAGGAUGGGUUUACAGCAUGAUGUGCUGAUUCCUGCUCAGGAGGGCGGCAUGAACCCGAAUAUACCCACUUUGGCCGAACGACUCAAGAGCCUUGGUUACAAGACGCACGGUCUCGGAAAAUGGCACCUUGGUUACUCCAGCGCCGAGCUUACUCCCACGCGGCGAGGCUUCGACACCUUCUAUGGCUACUACAACACUGCCAAGUACUACUUCACCCAAGGACUGAACUUCUACGACAUAUGUGGCCGCGACUUCUGGGACAACGAAGAUCUGGUGAAGGAUGCGGACGGCGUGUACGACCUUGACCUCGUCACCGACAGGGCUGUCGACAUACUCGACAGACAUGACACGCACAAGCCGCUGUUCCUGUACAUGGCCAGCCUGGCGGCGCACGGCCAGACGGACACUCUGACGGCUGACGCACCUGAGAGAAACCUGGCCAAGUUUCCGUACAUCGGCGACCACAACAGGACACGCCUCGCCGGUGCGGUGGACGCAUUGGACGAGUCCGUCGGCCGCAUCGUGGAGGCCCUGCACAGACGUCGCAUGCUCGCCAACAGCGUCAUCGUGUUCACCAGCGACAACGGAGGCAUGCCGUGGGGAACGUUCUCGAACGCUGGCUCCAACUGGCCGCUGCGAGGCGUCAAGGGCACGCUGUGGGAAGGCGGAGUCCGUGUGCCGGCGCUGGUGUGGAGCCCACUGCUCGAGCCGGGUUCCCGCGUGGUCAUGUCCCGACCCGUGCACUUGGUCGACUGGCUGCCCACUCUGUACUCGGCUGCCGGCGGCCGCGUCCGCGACCUAGGCACCAUCGACGGCCUCGACCUAUGGCCAGCCCUGUCCAAGGCGAAAUCCGAAAGCGUCGAAUUCUGGCCUCGCAACGAGUUCCUCAUCAACACUGACUCCGCUUCUGGGCUGGCGGCCUACCGGGACGGCAACUACAAACUCCUCGUAAUCUCAAAUCGGACGUCCCAAACGCCUAAUCCCUUUGGGGAGGACGCGCUCCAGCAACAUGUCCCCACACCGGGGGGCAUGCCCGACUUUGAAAACGAGGAGGCCGCGGUGGAGCGCCUGGACCGACUGAUGAAGUCGUCGCAAGCCUGGAAGACCCUGAGGAAGCUGCUCGGCCGCGGAGGUGGUUUCGUAGUGCCAUCCGGCUGGCGUCAGAAGGCUACGGUGCGGUGCUCACGGGAGGAUCGCUCUCUGCCGGGUGUCGAACUGCAUGGCGAGGGCCAAUACCUGUUCGACAUAGAGCGUGAUCCGUGUGAACUCAACAACCUGGCGUCCAGGAGACCGUUGGUUGUGGACAGGCUCUCCAGGAAACUGAAGCCGUACACGGAAGCUGCAGUGUCACCGCUGAAGAUGAAGGUCGACCCGACGGGGCUGCCCUAUGUGAACGACUGCGUCUGGGCACCCUGGAAAGACGUAGCGCAGACGGCAAAUCGUAGCUGCCCCUGCCCGUGACGUUUCUGCAAACCAAGUCUCAGGCUUACGACCACGGCAAAGGUGGUACGUGGCACACAAGAUGACCUCCGAUCCUGGCGUUGAGGCACCGCAUGCCAUGCUUGCCUCCGUCUGUUUUUUGGGCGAUACAGAAUAAAGCCUAAUGUCGAAGUUGCA